GGCAAGGACGGUGUCGUCAUGAUCUAUUCGAGUCUUAGUCCCUGGCUCGGGACUCCGGAAGACGAUGGGCUUCCUGUAUCCGGUGCAAACUAUGAUGUACACCGUCCACCUUCUGUGUUCCCUGGCUGUUCCUCAAAACGCAUGGCAUGUCGACUGUGAGAGGAUCCCGCGGGGUUGCGCCCGACCGUAAUACUUCCGUUAGCACAAUAUAUCAAAGAUCAGCGUUACGAGCCACGUCAAAAUAAAGCUACAUAUACAGGCACUAGCAUAAGUCAUGACAGACAUCUCCGACUGUGCGUGCGAUGCACCAGAGGCCAUAUGCACAUGCGGAAGAGUCUCCACGUGCGAAGCUAGUACAUCAAGUGCCGCGCCUGUAGGAACACGACCCUGGGUCUCCGAGCAUGCGAAGGGAACGGUGCCGCCGUACCUGCGGCACUAUGCCGGCACUCGCGCCUCUUGAGGCGGUAGCACGGCUGUGAGAGAUGCGGCGCAGCGGGUCUAUGCGCCGAGUCCAAUGUGCAUCUA